UCUGUCUUUAUUAAUUAUUAAUCUUUAGUUAUCCAUCUACAAAAACAAUUAUACUUAUUAAACGAGAUCAAUCAACAAAUAGAUUUAUUUUAGCAAAAACAAAACCUUGUCUGUCCGUAAUUACCCGUAGCGUUCGGGGUAAAUUCGGACUGAUCCUGGGUUAAUUACGGACAGCAUGGGGUAUUUACGGACUAGGUCCACAUCAUUGAUAAAAAUCACAAGUAAAGUCUUUAGAAUAACUUCCUGCAGUGCAGUUCUCAUGAGCCCACUUGUUACACUUUAAACACAUAAUCCAGUAUUCGGCGAGUGGAUCACUGUACUUUUCCUGAUAAUAAAUGCAAAAGUAAUCAACAUUUCCUUAAUUUUCAAAAUUAUUCAGAUUUUUUAAACCCUUUGAUCCUUUUCCUGUAGAAAGUUCUGACUUUUUCAGCUUAUUAGAUGUAGUUUUAUUUUCUAUUUCUUGAGCUUUUCUUUUCUUGUCUAAUUUCUUUUGUUCCUUUUCUUCUAGAUUCUUUAUUUCCGGGGUGCUGGUAAAAAUGAUGGAAUGCUUUUUGUUUACUGACCGUUUGCUACGAUGAAUUUGUAGAGUUGGGACCUUUAUUAAAUCACUAAGCGGUACUGAUGAAGAUUGACUUGUUUGACUUGUCGUACUUUGGUUUUCGGACGUCCGUAUAUACCCCGCAAGCCGUGUCCACAAUUAACCCAACUGGGUAUUUUUAAAUGAUAGAGAGAAAUUUGUAGGUUAUGAAAACGUUCCAUAAAAACAAACAUUGGCGAUUCAAACUCCAUUGACAAAGCUAUCCAUAGAAAAUAUCACUUUUUACCAUCACUUAGUAUACAGACCUGUCCCUCGAAUUAAAAAACACUAAAAAUUAGAUCAAUAUACACUUUUUUUUUUAUUUUACCUACCUUUCAAACUGUGCGCAGCCGGCUGUCGUAAGUUUUUGCGUGGCAUUAAAAUAGCGGAAAGAAACAGACGACAGCACCGGGCUGCCGCGGGUGGAGGGAAUGAGUAGAUACUUGCUAGUCCGUAUUUACCCCGCGUCCGCAAUUCCCCCACUCUCCCCUACAGCUUCUCCAUUCAUAUGCCACUUAUCAAACAUUUUCUUAGUGUGUAUAGAAAAAUUUAAUUACCUACAUUAAUAUGGAAAUAGGAAUAUAGGCCGGUUUUAAACCUACCCAUCGUCAACUUUUAUCUUUUCUUCGCUAACAGACUAGCAUGGAAAACUAAUAAACAUGUGCUCUAUCCUAAAUGUAAUCUUAUAUUUCGGAAUAAAAGAUGAGUUUACAAUUAAAAAAGCUUAAAACUACCUAAUGUCUAAAAACGUAAAAACCGGAAAUAACUAAGAACUUAAAUAAUAUACAAAUAUCUAUCCUAAAUAAUAUCUAUAUAAUGUGGUGUUUAAUAUAUAACGAUAAUAUUCCAGAGAGUGGGGCUGUGUUCACAUUCGGCAAGUCACAUUUUGCCGACAAUGAGCCGAGCCACUUCUUCAUAAAGAAUGAUCCAAUUGUGGCCAUCUCGUGCGGGGACGAGCACAGCGCCGUCAUAUGCCAGAAUGGUCGUGUCUUCGUGUUCGGCGGUAACACGUGGGGCCAACUCGGGCUCGGCCACAAGGAGGAGGUGACUCGGCCCAGCUGCGUCAAGUGGCUAAAGCCUUACCGCGUCAUGUUCGUCGCGUGUGGCCGGGCGCACACUGUUUUCGUUACAGAUACGAACGAGAUAUAUACAGUAGGGUGCAACGAUGAAGGCCAGCUGGGCACGGGUGAUAUGGAGCACCAUGAGGUGCCAGCAUGCGUACAGCUGGACGAGUCGCCACCCAUCCGACAGGUGUCAGCUGGCUCCGACCACACUGCCAUACUCACCGAGGACGGGCGUGUGUUCGUGUGCGGCUCGAACACAGAGGGGCAGCUGGGGCUGGGUGAACACGCGCGCUCAUGUCUGCAGCUCACCGAGCUCAAGUUCAUGGAGGCCAUCGCCUUCGUCGAGUGCGGAUACCACCACACGGUCUUCAUCACCACAAAUGGUGCGGUUUUCGUCACUGGGGACAACGAGCAUUCGAAACUGGGCAUCACAACCACCGAUACCAAUUUGUAUGUCCCUGAAGUCCUGCCCUUAGAUAUACCGAUCAAGAGUGCGUGCUGUGGAGCUUCGCACACAUUCCUGUUGUCUAUGGACGAGAGUAAAAUAUUGGCAUUCGGCUCCAACGAGAAGGGGCAGUUGGGAAUGCCUAAGGAGGUGGAACACGUCACGGUACCCACUGAGAUCGAUAUGGAGAAACUAUUCGAUGGAUAUCAACUGAAGUUAGUCGCGUGCGGCGCUAUGCACACGGCUUUUGUGACAGACAACGGGCUGCUCUACACCUGCGGGGAGGCGCGACACGAUAAACUCUGUUUGGACGAUAUUGACAACCCCGACCACGCAAAUGAGGCCCCCGCCAAUCAAUACGCGCCGAAACGGGUCACCGCUAUGAAUGGUUUCAUCGUAGACAAUGUAGCAUGCGGCGGUUGCCACACUCUUUUGUCGGCCACUAAAGGCUCCAACGCGGACUUCACCAACAACGACUUCAGUAUAGUGAGCGAGGACACGAGGCUGCCGGCGAUGACGGAACUGCCGCCUUUGCGAGUUCCCGCGAUGAGUAAACUCGAGGAGUCGUUCAAGCCCGAAGACGUCACCAACUCGAAUAUCGACGAGCGAGCGAACGCGGACGCUAUCAAUGGGAACGCACACGAGGAGACCGGGUCGAUAGAUUCGCUCGAGGCGAACGUCAGUGGUUCACACAUAGUAAAUAUAAACGACCUUGAAAACGAAAAUGUGAGCACGCACGACGUCCCCGAUAUAAGUCCAGAUAUAAUCGACCAAUCUUCCGCAACCUUGAAAACUGUAGUUAAUGACACGAUGAAUACUUUAAACACUGCAAUGGACACGGCAGAAGAGAAAAUUCAAAACGCUGUCGAUAAUGUCACAGAUAAAGUGACGGAGAAGGUUGAAGUUGUAGAGGAUAUUAUAAAGAAAAGCACAAAGUUAGAACCCAUUACACAACGUGGUGAAACUGUAGCUUUGGGGGUACCCAAUAACGCUGCAGAAGUAGCUAAUUCACCUCCACCUAAAAGUCCUUUACUUCAAGAUUUACUACACGUACCUGAUAUAACACAAAUGAGUCCAGUUCUAAGCAAACACAGUGACGAUGGUCAAAAAAGUGAAGCUGGUCAGUCAGAAAACGAAACUAUACCUUGCGGUUCGGACAAAUCUAGUCCUCAAACGGGCAAAACGAAAACACAAGCCGUUCUGCCCAUAGUACGGAGUGAAGACGCAAUUGACGGCCACGAUGACACUGAACACAAUGAGGAUAGUGAUGUUGUAGUGAACAAAACACCGCAAAAAGGACGGUUUUCUAAAUUAUUCCAAUCAAUUAAGGACAAAGAGAAUUCGUGUAUGGGCAAAGGAAAAGUGAUAGAGGAAAAUAUAACAGAAAACAUACAUAAGGGCAUUGAUAAUGUAGAAGAAACUGUGCACAAAACAGAAGAAAUUAUUGAAACAGAAGUGAGAAAUCAAACCAACUCUCGAACAUGCACGAUAUUAUAAGAAAAUCUAUAAUCGUCUUCUUCAAUGUUUAGUCUGUUAAAUAAAGUUUAUAUUAUUGAUGAUAGCCUUAAAGAUUCUUUUUAAAUAAUAAAAAUUUGUACAGUUGGUGUUUUUGUUUUUAUUCACUAAGUUUAUAUAAAAAAUUACAUAAUUAAGGUUUUUAUCUUUGAGCACCUAAAAGUCAAUAAUAGUUAAUAAAAUAAUAUACCUUAUUUAAGAUCACAAUAAUGGAUAGGUUCUUAAUUUAUUACACCUGGUACAUUGCCUUGUUUGAGUUAUGUGCGCAGAAAUUCAAUGGCCAAGAUAUUCCGAGAAAUUCUUUCAGCUUCAUGCCAAAGCGAAUAUUUUCAUCUUUUUUAUUUUUAUCAGCUAACCAAACAC